GAAUAAUAUUUAAAACUAUUUCUCUUACCAUCCUGUAUUGUCAAAAUAAAUCCAACAAAAUGAAAGAAUUUUCUCCCGUAGUGAAGAUCACGUUCACCAUUAUUGGAUUUUUGGUCUUCGCUCUGUCAUUUGUCUUCGCAUUUUUGAACAAUGUACCGACUGGCUUCCAGGAUGGGAACUCAACUAAAAAUGGUGCCUCGAAUAUAUUCAUCAACACUGUCACUGACCUGAAUGCUCGUUACCCAUCUUCGUUUGGUCCGGCAGAUUUUGUUUUCAUCAUCAUUUGGCCAUUGAUUUAUUUGUGGAACACAGUUGGAAUUAUAUAUAUGCUGGCGUCACUCUUUUUUACGAAGAAAAAGAGCCCUAUUCUGAGAGAACCAGCAAUGUUCCCUGUGUUCUCUCUCAUCUUCUGGAGUCUAAGCUGGGGUUGUUCCAUGGGUUGGCUAUUUGCUUACGACAGAGAAAUCCUAUGGUUGUCUAUGUUCCUGAUUCUGGCAUCUGCUUUAUCAACUUACGCUACGUUGGGAUUUUCAUACGCCAGUUAUUACAAGGAUACUAUGAUUCUGGAAGAACAUGACUCAAGAAUGUUGUGGCUUGUCCGCAUCAUAAUUCAUAAUGGGUAUGCAAUCUUGGCUGCAUGGUUAACGGUAGCUUGGAAAGUGAUGCUACACACAGUCAUUGCAUAUGAAGAUAGCCGAGGAACUGACAACUAUCCCGCUAAUUUAAGAAGUUCUCUUACUGUUGAAGACGCUGGAACUAUUGCGCUCUCUAUACUUCUUGUCGAACUAAUCGUUUGGUUCGUUCUUGAAAACUUCGUUUUUGAACCGUAUUGCCGAUACACUCUCAGUAUCUACCCUGCGCUUAUCUUCGCAUUGAGUGGGACCUUCUCAAAUGACUACGUCGUGCCGUUCAGCAGAAAUCUGAUCUUAACCCUUGUUGGCCUGAUUUUCGUGAUUAUAGCAUUCGUUGUGAGAGUAGUGCUCGUAUACAUCAGGCAUAAAAAUCGACCACGUCUGGAUAAAUACAGGAGUCAAGAAGAGAUCAUUAAAAUGGACAAAAUGUAAACCCAUUUAUAAAUGCAAGAAGAAUCUGUUAGUUCAGUGUUCCCCAGCCUUUUUUUGUUACAUUCCCCGCUUUACUUAUUUCGAAACUAUAAUUCUGUUCUCACUUAAACUCAAUUUGUGUUCAAUUUUUUAUCGAAUAUCAGCUAGUAAUUCGUGCAACUUGCACUGUUUUGAACAGUUUCGAUCAAGAGCAACAAGGGUGUGGAAAUUAAAUCUCACUGCAAAUGCUGCAAAAUGGCAUUAAAAAUAAAAUGUUUAAUAUUUCGAUACUUGUACCAUCAGGUUCUCCCUGGCUAUGUCUAUGGUUUGAAUAUAAUGUGUGCAUGGAUAUGCAUUACAAUUAUGCCACAUAAGUCAUGAAUAUUAGUAAUACUUUGAUACAUUUAAAUUUGUCCUUUGGUACUACUUUGUUUUUUUUACUGUUGUAAAAUCAACUUUCUUAUAUUUAUCUGGUCUAUCUUGAUAUGUGAUUACUUCACUGCAUCUACGUUUUAACGUGAAAUAUUCCUCAAUGCCUUUUUUGAAAAUAUUGUGUCAAAUUUUUGGUAAUUAAAUAUGGACGUGUCUUCUAAAUCACCGCUUUUUCCCAUUCCUAUAGAUUCAGAAUUUGUCCCAAGUUUUUCCAUCUGAAUCAUAUAACUGGUAAAUUAUUAUUACCUUUGACAUGGACUGGUAAUCUGGUUUUGCAUAUGACCAAGUUGCCUUAUCAACUUUCCUCUCUUCAAGAUAUAAUAAUAAAUGAAAACCCUAUUUUAUCCUAAACUUUGCUAAAUAAACCUGUUUUCGCUAGUAAUUGCGCAUGGCUUCCUCCACUAUCAAGUCUGAAACAAAUAAAAGGCUACCUGAUCCCAUAACCGACAUGGACUGGUAAUCGGACGAGAGGACGUGGUGUGCCAUAUUAUUAAGCCAUCUUACCAGCUUUCCCCUCUCCUCUAGGAAUAAAUGAAAUCGCUCUUCGUUCCUAAAUUUUGCUAAUUAUAUUAUGCUUUGCUCACUGUACCUGCAGUUUAUUAUCAAAUUCAUAUAUUUUUGUGUAAUCAAAAUGCAAUUUCUUCAAUUCUUAUAAACCGGUGCUUCAUUUUUGAAUCUUAAGCGCUCUAGUCUACUUCAAUACUAUUCUAACCAUUCCAACAUUAUUAUUCAUUUAUGCAUGACUGGUCGAAGUGGUCUCACCCUAACAGUCAAGUUCAUAUGCCGCCAAUUUUCACUGUCCCCACCGCACGAUUAAGAAUCAUUGAUGCGCGACAGGUCAAUACAGCCUUUUUGAACCAUGUAGUGUCAAAGUUGUAGUUUUAAGCAAUUCAAAUACGACAGAAAAUCAAAACUUCAUGUUAAAGAAGCCUGUGAGGGAGGGGGGGGGGACGAAGGUGGAAAAAAUAGAUUAGGUUGUGUUAAAUUGUGACUGAGUAGUCUACAUCUAAAUUCUGUAAAUUUGCUCUCAUUAUUAUCAAUUUCUCAUUCAAUGACUUUUUUUUAAUUGCAUAAUAGUUGUGUAAUUUUAUAAUAAAUCGCAAAUUUUUACGCAUUUUACCAAUAUAAUUUUUUAUGAAUUCAAUUUUUUUUGCAGAUUUCCUGUAAUAAUUAAAACAAUAGCUAGUCUGAUUUUAUAUACUGUGUUUCUUUCACCAUCUUUCUCGUGUAGAUUUUAUGAUGGAACAGUAACUAGUUACUUUUAAAAUCGAAUCACAAGUUUAUACUCGUUAUUUUUCCAUUCAUUAAAUUUGAUGUCGGAUAAUAUUAGAAUAGCAUUUAAUUACCUGCAAAUGGAGUGUUUUAAAUUAAAGACAAAUUUUACUCAUUAUGCUUUGAUGAUUUUUUAUAAAUCGAAUUUUUUUGCUGAUUUUUUAUAAUAAUUAGAAUAGGCUUUCAAGAACAGAGCACAGAAAUUAGCAAAUCACAAAUUAGCAUCUAUUAUAUAUAAUUCCUCAUUAUUCCAAAUUUUUUUUCAGA